CUGCAUAUAUGAGGAUUUAGGGUUAGGGUUUUGCAGACCGAGUGUUCCAAAUGGAUCCUGGGAAGGUGGCCCAGCUUUCAGCAGAGAACGCUGCUCAGCUUCAAGAAGGCAUCAAUUUGCUUCUGUCUCGAUGGUCCGCCCUUCAGAUGGCCGUCGAGAACGAGUGGGGCGGCCGUGAUUCUCGCCUCAAAUCUCAACAACUGGCAGCCGAUAUCUUCUCUUGGCUCACCCAAUCCAAAGAACCACUAUAUAUUGAUGACUUGGAAAAUAUGCUUGAUGAAUUUAUGCUCUCUCUCAAUACUGAGAUAGCAGAUGGCAGUGUUGAGGAGAUAGCAGAGAAAUUAAUGGUUAUGCAUGAAGAAUGUUUGGAAGGUGACUACAAGUCAAUUCAAAUACUAAAGGAAACCAAUCCUCCGAGAGGUGUUGUUCCUCAUAUCAGACAGGACGACAGUAGUGAUGAUGACAACAACGAUGAUGAUGGAAGCAUAGGGGAUGAUGAUUCGUCAGAAAUGGUUGUCGAUGCUCCCAAAUCCCAGUCAAAUAUGAAUAAUAACGACAUGAUGGUUGAUGAGCCAAGACCCAACACAGCAGCUGAAGCAGAAGAUGGAUGGACGGUAGUGGCCUCUAAGCGGAACAAAGGUAGAAGGAACUAAACCAACGCUCAAGACCCGUGGUCCUUGUUUGUUUGUACCUUUUUAUUUUCCCUCUUUUUUCCGGGUCCAUUUUUUGUUGGUAUGUAAUUUUCCAGGAGUUUUCUGUUCGGUAUUUUUUUUCUUAAUGUGCUUUUGCUGCAAUGCAGAGGAAGUAGUGGUUGUGGAGUAUAUUGCCUUUCACACAUAGGUCCUAAAACAUCAUAUAUGGAAAAAUGGCCUCAUUUAUGUUUAAACUUGUCAGUAACUCUAUGCCAUUAUCUAUUCAUCUUU